AUUUUUAGGUUAAAAUUAAAAUGAGCUUUUUCUUCUCAAUUUUACGAUUUCCCUCUGAUUUCUCAUCCAACCUUUCUAUUUGAUUUCUUCUCCUCCAUUUUCGACUGUUCCAAUUUCCUGCCCAACCCAGGCUCCUACAUCCCUCACCAGCACAAGCGCUCCUCUCUGCCCGACUCCCAACUGCCUCGUCGUUGUCGUUCUUGUCCAUUGGUUAAAGGGUUCUUUACGGUUUUUGUAGAGAAAGGAAAGAAGAAGAGGAAGAAGGAAAGCAGUGAAGUAGAGCCAUGAGCAGGAGUUUGGGAAUACCAGUAAAGCUUCUCCAUGAAGCUGCAGGGCACGUAGUGACGGUGGAGCUCAAGAGCGGUGAGCUCUACAGAGGAAGUAUGAUAGAGUGCGAGGACAACUGGAACUGUCAGCUCGAGAACAUCACCUUCACUUCUAAGGAUGGGAAAGUCUCUCAGCUUGAACAUGUAUUUAUACGAGGCAGCAAAGUUAGGUUUAUGGUGAUACCAGAUAUGCUAAAGAAUGCUCCAAUGUUCAAGCGUCUAGAUGCCAGAAUCAAGGGUAAGGGCGGAUCACUUGGAGUCGGAAGGGGAAGAGCUGUUGCAAUGCGUGCUGCAGGGCGUGGAACAGCUGGUAGAGGUGCUGUACCUCAUGUACGGAGGUAAUAAUCCUUGCCAGAGUAUGCAUGCCUUAGUUAAUGAUAUGUAUGUCCCUUGUUACCGUAGCAUGUGUUGCCUUAAGGACCUCUCCAAUGUUACCAUCAGAAUUUGGUGUUAAAGUUUAGUGUUAGUUUGCUUGGGAAGAAGGAAGGAAAGUAGUAGUACUACAAAUCUAAUCAAUGGGAAUCGUGACAUACUGCUCUCUAUUUGUAUGAAUGUUUUGGAUGGUAAAUCUUUUUGACUGUUAAAAAUGUGUCUGGUUUUUCAGUGUGCGAAUUCUUAUUCUAUGCCUUUAUUUAAGAAUGAUUGUUUCUUUGUCUGAUUA